AUGAGUCAAGAAGGAAAGGCGCCCUAUCCCCCUUUUACCGCCGAGACGGCCAGGAUCAAGGUCAAGGCAGCACAGGAUGCAUGGAACACAAAGGAUCCCGAUGCCGUCAAGAUGGCUUACACGCCGGACUCGAUCUGGCGGAACCGCGACCAAUUUCUCGUAGGCCGUCAUGCCAUCAAAGAAUUCCUUUCCAAGAAGUGGGACAAGGAGCAGGGAUAUCGCCUGCGGAAGGAGUUGUUUGCUUUCACCGACGACAAAAUUGCCGUCCAGUUCUGGUACGAGUGGCACGAUCAGUCGGGCCAGUGGUGGCGCACCUACGGACUUGAAGACUGGACUUUUGCGGACAAUGGCUUAAUGAGAAAGCGUCAGAUGAGUGGCAAUGAUGUCAAGAUUACUGAGGAAGAGAGAUGGUACAAGGAUGGCGUCGACGUGAAUAGCGUCAAAUUAUCUGAAAGGCACUGGUAG